AUGGCCGACGCCCUCCGCGCAAAGCAAAGGCCCCUAAAAGACAACUACCGCGUCGAUCCCUCCAGCGCACUCGUAACCCUCCGCUCAAGCGGAACCCUCGACGCCAGCUCCAUAACUUGUAAACUCUCCACCGGCGCUGCCAUCCGCGACGCAAAAGCCAAGCUCUCCUCGGACGCUCACUCCCACUCCUGUUCCCGCGAUCACGACCACGAUCAUAACCACGACCAUUCGCAUUCCCAUGACAACGGCAACGACGGUCCCCAAAAAGUCGCCGGCCUCCACCAAAUGGCUGGGGGCGACGAUCCCACGCUGUCGGGGGAGCUUUGCAGCGGCGACAUGCUCCUCGAAGCGCUCGUGGCCUGCGCAGGGGUAACCCUCAAAGCCGUCGCGACCGCUUUAGGUAUCCCCAUAAAAUCCGGCGUCGUGCGCGCGGAGGGGGAUCUCGAUUUCCGGGGCACGAUGGGUGUGGACAAGGAGGCGCCGGUCGGGUUCACGGAUAUCCGGCUCGGAUUUGAGCUAAAGACUGCGGAAGAGGUGGAUGACGAUAAGAUUGAGAGGCUGGGGAAGCUCACGGAGAGGUAUUGUGUGGUGCUGCAGACGCUGGUGCAUAAGCCGAAGUUGACGGUUAGGUUGGCGGGCGGGGCGGAGACUGAAGAUGGGGUUGAUAGGGGGUUUGUUUGGGGGCAGAAGUUGUGA